AUGGUGUCCUGGAAGAGAUCGCUGGAGGCGGAGAUGACGGUGAUUGCAGAGGGAGACGAAGGGAAGAUGGAGAAGAUGAGGGAGAUCCUCUCGUGGUUCCCGAAGAGGGAAGAUCUGAAGGCGGCGACGGCGCAAGGAUUUCGGAUGCUCACAGAAGAAGAAGACACCCGCCUGUCUCCAGAUGGUGGGGCGGGGGAGUACGAGGAGGUGCUGGACCGGCUCUCCUCGCUCAUCACGCAAAAGGUGCGCGCGGACACCGGCAACCGCGGCAACCAGUGGGACCUCAUGGGCCGCUACCUCCAGAUUCUGGAGCUGGAGGAGCCCAUCGCGCGGAUGAAGGAAAACGAGUUCAUCUGCGGCAGCUAUCGCUGUGAGCAGUCCGUCCAUGACGCGCUCCGCAGCGUCUUCGCCGGGCACAACGAGAUCCUCAACGUCUGGAGGUAA